AUGGCGGGGGAUCAUAACGAGGACCAGUCAUUCUAUGACUUUCUCAUAGAAGAGCCAGAGAUGAUAGCGCCGGCGCCACCCGGUCAUUUCCCACAUCAACAGCCCAUUUCGUCGCCGAAUCGAACCAGCCGCGAUGCGCCGCCGCGGCCAGAACCGACCGAAAUCGAGACCCACCACCACGCGAAUCCAAACGCAAAUCAUCACUCGGGUCCGGUGACGUUACCGGGCCCGGUACUCGGAAUGCAACUGCCGGGCACCGUUCCUGAAUCGUCACGUGCACAAUCACGCGCUCAUCUUGAAAUUGACCUCGAUAUCGACUUACACGCGCAUGGAAUUCAUGGUCACGGCCAUGGCCACGGAGCUCAUUCAGCUCAGAGUUCGGCGGGCCUUCCACCCGCUGGGUUUGCAAGUCACAUCCCUCCCGCUUCUUCUGGCCCAAUGUCGAUCGAUUGGAACAUGUACCAUGUUCCUCCAAAUUUACAGCUAAAUCACCCUCAGUUUGAUUUCGAGAUCCCAGGACAUAUGGGUGUUGUUGGGCAUUCGAAUCAUCUUUCACAUGCGUCGACAGAUCCGGCCUCGUUUUCGUACGGAAGUAAUCUCGUUUCACCUUCAAGCAUUCACCCGAAUAGUGCCCACUUCGAUACCGGCGUUCCAAGUCAAUGGGACGAUUCUAUGAGCCAUGAUGCCAGCACUCCAAAAGUGCGGACCCCCGUUCAUCAUGUUGCCAGCAACCCUUGGGCCGAGAUAGACGAACCUACAGGAGACAAUAAUGCGACACCUGCUUCUCGUCCACGAAAGACUCCUCGACCAAGACGGCAAAAGAAAGAGGCUCGCAAACUAUCGGACGCUUCCCAGGGGGCUAUGAGUAGCAGUACUGGUGGGACAGUACCUUCAAUAUCCGAUGCUGCCAGUCCUAGUUCUGCGUCACAGAACAGUCGUGCCAGUAUUGACUCCAAAUCGGCGUCCAUGGCCUCGACAGCAUCGACAGCAGCCAGCCGUCAAAGCAAGCUCCGCAGUGCCUCUCGAACAUCCAAAAACAGUCGAGAUAAGCCCAACGAUACUCCCGAAGACCGUCGAACCCGAGCUUCUCAUAAUCUCGUCGAAAAGCAAUAUCGAAACCGCCUUAAUGCCCAAUUCGAAUCUCUCCUCAGUGCGCUGCCCGAACAAGCCCGUUACGGGGACAGCGGCAGCGGCAAUGGAAAUGACGAUAACGAAUCCGACCAUGCGAAUGAUGCUGAUAGACGUGUCAGUAAGGGCGAGGUGCUUGAAAUGGCUCGGAAGCAUAUUCAAGCGCUAGAACGUGACAGAAAUCAACUCGAGCUCGAGAACCUUGAGCUUCAGGGCAACCUACGACGACUCAAAGAAUCAAACUCCGAAAGCGCAACAUCCUCGUCGGGCCAAGAGAAUUCUGUCGAGCCCGACACAAAUAAGGAUCACAAGAGGGAGAGGGAUGAUGAUGAUGAGAAUGAGAAUGAAGGCUCUUGA